AAGUUUUUCCUGGCGGAGUUUUGGCGGCGGCGGUCGGAGCGGGCCAUGGACGCGCUCAAGUCUGCGGGGCGGGCGCUGAUCCGGAGCCCCAGCCUCGCCAAGCAGAGCUGGGGGGGCGGCGGCCGGCACCGGAAGCUGCCUGAGAACUGGACAGACACUCGGGAGACACUGCUUGAGGGGAUGCUCUUCAGCCUCAAGUACCUGGGCAUGACGAUGGUGGAGCAGCCCAAGGGCGAGGAGCUGUCAGCCGCAGCCGUCAAGAGGAUUGUGGCCACGGCUAAGGCCAGCGGGAAGAAGCUGCAGAAGGUGACCCUGAAGGUGUCACCACGAGGAAUCAUCCUGACCGACAGCAUCACCAACCAGCUCAUUGAGAACGUGUCCAUUUACAGGAUCUCCUACUGCACAGCAGACAAGAUGCACGACAAGGUGUUUGCGUACAUUGCCCAGAGCCAGCACAGCGAGACUCUUGAGUGCCACGCCUUCCUCUGCACCAAGCGGAAGAUGGCCCAGGCUGUCACCCUCACAGUAGCCCAAGCCUUCAAAGUUGCCUUUGAGUUUUGGCAGGUAUCCAAGGAAGAGAAGGAGAAGAGGGAGAAAGCCAGCCAAGAGGGAGGGGACAUCCCAGGCGGGGCCCACCGUGACAGCACCCCUUCACUAAAGAGCCCGGUCGCCACCGGGAACCUGCUGGACUUGGAAGAGACAGCCAAGGCCCCGCUGUCCACGGUCAGCGCUAACACCCCUAACAUGGACGAGGCACCGCGGCCUCAAACCUUGAGCACCAGCAGUGUUGUCUGGGAGCUGGAUGACGGCCUGGAUGAAGCAUUUUCAAGGCUGGCCCAGUCUCGGACCAACCCUCAGGUCCUGGACAUUGGACUGACAGCCCAGGACAUCCAUUACGCCCAGUGCCUCUCACCUGUCGACUGGGAUAAGCCUGAUGGCGGUGGCACCGAGCAGGAUGACCUCUUCAGCUUCUGAGGGCCUGGGGCUAGCAGAACGUGACCGACCACUACAAGAAACGGACCAAAGCCACAGGCGGGAGCCAGCCCUGGGCCCGCAUCGCACCCUCUUCCGGCCUGCAGCACCUUCAGCCUUCACAUCAAAGCUGUAGCCAGUCAAGCAGGGGGAAGGAGAGCUUUCCUUUUCACCCCACCCUUCUCUGAGAACUGAAAGAUGCCUUGAAUAUUUAUUCAGUGACUCUCCUGGUUCAUGCUUGGGAGCCAGUUUUGCGUCAGCCACGUCUCCCUCUGUGUGACGUGUGCGGUGUGAUAACCAGCUUCCUGCUUGCUCUCUCUAUCAAACAAGCACCAUUCUGGCUGCGGGUGUCAGGACAUGACCAAAGCAUUUCUUGUACCUUCUUUCUAAGGACCCAGAUUUCCCUGGAGGCAUCUCUGUCCCUUACUGAAAGCAGUUGGAUUUCCGUCUUCUGAGCACAGACGGGCACUGGCACUCACAGCUGCAGGAGAGGACUGUGUCCUCAAGCUCACCUUCCCUGGGGCCCCAGCAGGCCUGGGCUUGAGCCCCUGGACCCAGGACCUCUCAGGGACAGAGGGGUGGGUCCUGACCAAAGACAACAUGUAGCUUGGCACUUUAAAGCACAAACAGCCCGCUGGGGCUGCCUUGAACAGAGCUUUCUUAGUGCCCUUCUUUCCGGAGAAGGGGCCCAAAGUCCCUGUGGGGGAUCCCCAUCAAUGCUUGGAACUAGUAUAACUGGCCACCCUGGGACUCCCGGAGUCUGAGUGGGACUGGGGAUCAUCACCGUGGCUGGCCUGUGUCAGGUCCCACACCCACCUCCUGUCAUACGGACAAGGCUUGCCUGCUCUUGUGUUUGUGGAUUUCUCUGGUUCCCGCCUCCCCAUACUUACUGUGUGAAACCUAAUACCUACAUUCACUUAAAACCAUUUUAUUGCCAUUAUACGGAUGAGGAAACUGAGGCCACAAGGGAGGAAGGGGUAGAGACAAGAGUGGAACUUAGAUCUGAUGCCAAAGCUGCUUUCUCCACCCCCAUCUCCCACAACUCACACCUACUUUUUUUUCCCCUAGCUUUGUUGUCCUCCCAGAAACCAAAAACCCCAGCUAUUUUCUGACCAAAAUGUGUUUCAUAACAAACCAUCUGGUGCCUUUCUACACAGAGCUGGCAUGAGUCUCCGUGCCCAGCUAGCUGUCUCGCUGUUGAUUUCCGGGAAAAUGCAAGUGUUUGAAGUCUGCUAAUUCAGAGGGUGAAACAAAAUCAAACUCCAUAAGCAUCACGCUGUUCUCUUUCCUGACCCUCAGACUCUGGGUCGGGACACACCAGCAGCAACCUGUCAUCAGAAUCUCUUCUUCCUCACCCUUCUACCCCCACGGGGCUCUCAGCAUCCUGAAACCCAGCAAAGCUAAAAGCAUCUUUUCCGGCCUGAGGUGCCUGCCAGUGGCCUGGCUUAGAGCAGAUUUCAUGAGCUUCAGGAAAAACACACAUCAUUUCUUAAAAGCCACUUACACUAAUCAAAACACAUUAGAGACUGAGUUCCCAGUGCGGGGGUGGGGUGAGAUUUGUGGGGUCUUUAUUGGAAUAUGAGGAUAACUUCCUUUCCCGGCCACAGCUCCUGCUCGCCUCCCCACCUCAGACCUCCUUGGUGUCAGCCUCUGUGUUUGUCAUAAGGCAGCAGGGUUGGGUGUGACACAGACUGUGCUUGGCAGGAGGGGCCAGGAAUCCUGAGGAAGACUGCUGUGUUGGUGUGAGUACGCUGUGGCCUUCGUCCCCCUGUCUUGUCAACAAGCUGUGGCUGUGCUCCCCGUGUCUGCCAAUAAGCCUUGGUUCUGCUGUACUUCGUGAUGCUAUAAAGGAAGUUCUAAUGAGGGAAAAAUAAACCUUCUCUUUCUGAAAUACAAGCAGCACUUAGAUGGAGUUGGCCUGGACACUGGCUGUGCACACUGGGUGGGGGCAGUCAGCCUCCGUUUCACAGCAGAUGGGUGUGUGUGUGAUGAGGUGACCUUUGGGUGAUUCAUCGGGGCAACUCCAGGAAUCCUAUGUGUCAGCACUGAAGAGGCCUUUGAAAACCUAGGUUGAGGAUACCUGGCCAGGGGCCUGCAAACCCCCUGAAAUGUAUAUAAGAUCCUGUGUGUACAUGCAUGUGUUUGUUUCCCAGGGAUAUUCACUCGAUAGACUUGUUCUCUGCCAGCCGUGAGCCAGGGCUGGGGCUCAGUGCUGGGACGGUGGUCCAGACAGGAUCCAGAUGAACCCAGGCUGUGGCUUGAGCGUGCCGGGGCUAGGACGGGGCAGGGUGGGAAGUAUGUUUUAGUGAUGUGGGUACCCCUGGGUCUAGCUCUGGCUCUGCCACUUGGGAGCUGUGGCAAUGGGUCAGUCACUUCUUCCCUUGAGCCUCAGUGCCCUCAUCUGUGGAAGAGGUACAGUAGCUCUUCCUCUUCCUGUGCCCCUGGCUUUUAUGAGACUCAGGUGACCAUUAUCAUAUGAUAACUCUUGGAAAAUGGAUAGUGGCAGUUCCACCGUGUUAGUAGUGUACUUAUUAGCUCAGGAGCAAAAGGCAGUUUGGACCAAGUACUGUUUAAAAAAGAUAAAAUUCAUAAUAGCUACUGUAACUGGGCUCUUACCCUAUGCCAGGCACUGUGCGAAGCUCCUAACUUAUUAAUGUCCUGUUGAGCCCAGAUGGUACUAUCUUCCUUCACUGCUGAGGGCAUCAAGGCUCAGAGAGGAAGGCAGUAUCAGGGGUGAUGCCUCGUGGACUUUGCAGAGCCCUGGCCCAGACUCAGAUCUGUCUGACCCUCAGCCCCACCAAGUCCUGGCCCCCCAGGAACCAAAUCUCUGGUCGUGCUGCCCGUGAGUCCUAUUUGCAUAGUGACCUUCACGGAAAGGCCGUUCUCUUCAGGCUUCUCUGUCUAGGGACACCCUAGACCUCUGCCCUCCCCUGCUCAGCUAUAGCUUAUAGGGUUUCUUCGGGCUUUUAUCUCUUUGUCCCUUUCAAGCAGUGGUAUUUAAAAGUGUGGAACCCAGAGGCGGAGCCCUGUGAUGGCAGCCGUUGGGCAGACUUGCUGUGAAUUCCGAUUGGAUCGAAGAUGACUAAGAAAUUCUCUCCUUCUUUUCUCAUAAUCUGAAAAGACACCCAACAAGUUCAUCUUUCGGUUUAAA